CCGGGCGCGAGGCAGGAGUUUUUGUCUCGCGGGGGAAAGCGCUCUGAGCUUCAGAGGGCUCGCGCACACCGGAGGAGCAGCAGCACGCAGCAGCAGCACGCAGCAGCCCCGCAACAAGAGCGUGAUUUAACCCCGCAGAGGAGCCACAGCCUGCCCCGCACAGACCCGCUCUCUAUAUCCAACACAUUAUUAUUUAUAUUCAGAAUAACCUUUAUUAUGGAGGACCAGCUGCUUUGUUGCGAGGUGGACUCCAUCCGGAGAGCUUACCAGGACGUGAACCUGCUCACGGACCGGGUCCUGCACACCCUGCUGCGCGCCGAGGAGAACUACCUGCCGUCUCCAAACUACUUCAAGUGCGUGCAGAAGGAAAUAGUUCCCAAAAUGAGGAAGAUCGUCGCCACCUGGAUGUUAGAGGUGUGCGAGGAGCAGAAGUGUGAGGAGGAGGUGUUUCCGCUGGCUAUGAACUAUUUGGACAGAUUUUUAUCGGUGGAGGCCACCAGGAAAACGAGGCUGCAGCUGCUGGGAGCCACGUGCAUGUUUCUAGCAUCCAAGAUGAAGGAGACUGUUCCUCUGACGGCGGAGAAACUCUGCAUCUACACCGACAACUCGGUGCAGCCCGGAGAGCUGCUGCAAAUGGAGCUGCUGGUUCUCAACAAACUCAAGUGGGACCUGGCUUCAGUCACGCCUCACGACUUCAUCGAGCACUUCCUGUCCAAGCUGGAGAUCCACCCGUCCACCAAGCAGAUCCUCCGGAAACACGCGCAGACCUUCGUGGCUCUGUGUGCGACAGACGUUAACUUCAUUGCCAGUCCUCCGUCCAUGGUGGCGGCGGGCAGCGUGGUGGCAGCGGUUCAGGGACUCUAUCUAAAGAGUCAAAACGCCUCCCUGUCCUCCCAGAACCUCACCAACUUCCUGUCACAGGUCAUCCGCAGUGACCCGGACUGCCUGCGAGCCUGUCAGGAGCAGAUCGAGUCUCUGCUGGAGUCCAGCCUGCGGCAGGCUCAACAGCACGCCGGCAGCACGGAGAGCAAGCGAGUGGACGAGGACGUGGACCUGUCCUGCACCCCCACAGACGUCAGAGACAUCAACAUCUGAACGAUGGAAAGAGCCGCGUCGCUCUGUGAACCUGAUGAGUUGAGGGAACGCUGCCCACUUGAGGGGGUUUUAAGGGAAGGGGGGGUGCCUCAUAUGAACUCAGCCUCCUCCUCCUCCUCCUCCUCCUCCUCCUGCCAUCAUGGCUGACAUGUCACUCACACGUCAGCUAACAGCCAACAAGACGGGACAUAGCGCCCCCCCCCCCCUGCCUCUUGCUCGCCCUGCAACUAAACCCAAAGUUCUAAUUCCUGCCAGCGCCCCCCCUCCAAUAGCGGGAAAAGAAAGUACAGAAAUGUAUAAGAGAGAGAGAGAGAGUCCAUGAGCUGUGUGGGCUGGAGCCACACGGCAGACUUCUCCUCUGACAGUGUUUUAAAGUGGGAAUCUUUAAAUCCACAGACUCCACUGGCCUUCACUCACACACCUACUGAGCGUGUGCAGGAGGGGUCUCUGCAGUCUGUCCAUGUCUGACUCUUAUUACAGGAAAAAGAGCUUUUUACUUUUGUUUCACUUCUGUUGUGUUUCCACUGCCUGGUCCGAGCUCCCGACGUCUUGACACACUCGUUGUAUCCCAGCUUUGCUUCAGUUUUAGUCACUUUAUUAUCUCUCAUGUUAGACCUUCCGUUCUGUUUAGUCUGAGACCUCUCUGUCUGCUCAAAGUGUGAAAAGCUGCUCUGGGACGACGCAUCGGGCUUGUUUCAUGAGAUCAAAUCGUUGCACAAACAAGCAGAGUGCUCCACUGGGCCGCCAGAGGGGCUGGGCGAUGUGUGGAACUCAUCCACUUUUUAUUAUGAUCUCUGAAGAGUCUCCUGAUAUCAAUGAAGGACCGAAGCCUCGAGUAAACAAUACACAUCAAUAUCGUUCAGUAAAAUCAGCUCGAUCACAUUUAGACCCCGUUUUUGUACGGAAGCCCU